CCUGCUCCUAUUAUCCGCCUCGCUCCUCAGGGCGGAGAGGAGGCAAAGAGGAAGGAAGCGCCGCGGGAGCGCCAGACAGACAGACGAACCGAGCACCACCGCCACUAGAAAAAGCCAGCCCAAAACCCUAGCUCCGGCGCGCCACCGCGCAGAUCCAGUGCUCCCGCGCGAUGUCGGAGGCGGAAGCGGCGGGGUCGUUGUCGAGGCGGCGAAUGGAGGACGAGGAGGGGGCGGCGGCGAUGGAGGCGGAUGCGGCGCACAGCGGGAGGGGCGAGGCGGAGGAUGAGGAGGUCGAGAGCAGCGACUACACGUCGGAGGACGAGGGCACCGAGGACUACCGUCGUGGUGGAUACCAUGCCGUCCGCGUGGGAGACUCCUUCAAGCAGGGCGCCUACGUUGUGCAGUACAAGCUCGGAUGGGGCCACUUCUCCACCGUAUGGCUUGCCUGGGACACAGUCCACUCCAGAUAUGUGGCGCUGAAGGUGCAGAAGAGCGCUCAACACUACACAGAAGCAGCCAUGGAUGAGGUCAAGAUCUUGAAGCAGAUUGCUGAUGGUGAUCCUGACGACUCAAAAUGUGUUGUUAAGCUUCUUGAUCACUUCAAGCACUCGGGGCCUAAUGGUAACCAUGUGUGCAUGGUUUUUGAGUUUCUCGGUGAUAACCUGUUGACCCUGAUAAAGUACACGGACUAUCGUGGAAUUCCCCUUCCGAUGGUUAAGGAGAUAUGCCGCCAUGUGCUCAUUGGCCUUGAUUACCUCCACCGUACACUUUCUAUUAUUCACACUGACCUUAAACCAGAGAACAUAUUGCUUGUGUCUACCAUUGAUCCCACAAAGGACCCUCGGAAAUCAGGCGUACCCCUAGUUCCGCCUUCAAUGAGGACAGACGAGCCACCUCCUAAGGUGCCUGCACAAUCAGGAAAUGGUGGCCUCACCAAGAACCAGAAGAAGAAGAUCCGGAAGAAAGCUAAACGUGCAGUUGCUGCAACUUCAGAAGGAAGUAGUGCUGUGGCAUCUGCGGACACAGAUGGGUCAGAUGACCGAGGAGAUCUGGGUACAACAAAUGAGGGUAGUCCUAGACAGGAUGGAGCUAAGAAGCGGGUGACACGAGAUAGGCGCGGUAGCAAAGGGGCCAAGAAGAUGAUGGCAAUGAAGGCUGAUCUAAAAUGCAAGCUGGUUGACUUUGGAAACGCAUGUUGGACAUACAAGCAGUUCACAAACGACAUUCAAACAAGGCAGUACAGAUGUCCUGAGGUUAUACUUGGUUCCAAGUAUUCUACAUCUGCUGACAUGUGGUCCUUUGCAUGCAUUUGCUUUGAGCUUGCCACUGGGGAUGUGCUAUUCGAUCCACAUAGUGGCGAUAAUUUUGACAGAGAUGAGGAUCACCUCGCGCUGAUGAUGGAGCUGCUAGGAAUGAUGCCUCGAAAGAUUGCGUUGGGUGGUCGGUAUUCACGUGAUUUCUUCAAUCGGUAUGGGGAUUUGCGGCACAUCCGACGCUUGCGGUUCUGGCCUCUCAACAAGGUGCUGAUGGAGAAGUACGAGUUCACUGAAAUAAAUGCUAAUGGGAUGGCAGAUUUUCUUGUCCCAAUACUUGAUUUUGUUCCUGAGAAGCGCCCUACAGCUGCUCAAUUGCUUCAGCAUCCAUGGCUUGAUGUUGGUCCCCUCCGACAGCAACCUAAAACACGGCCAGAGUCAGCACGGAGUCCAGGUGAUGGUGUUUCAGAGAAGCAAAAGAAAGAGAAAGAAGAAAGAGAGGCAAUGGCCGUAGAGUUAGGGAACAUUGCCAUAGAUGGUGCUUCUUCCAGGAUGGCAAAUGACCCCCAAUCAAGCACAAAUAAAACAACCGCUACCUCUUCUAAGAAGUGAGCUGCAUUUGAUUUCAUGAGUUAAGCUGUAAAACUUGUUUUCAUUCGAGAAUUGCUCCAUGAGUGGGAAACAUAUGUUUUUUUUUAGGUUUGAGAUAUGUUAGGAUAGCUACCGAGGGAAAAGAACAGUAGGCUAAAUAUUUGUUGUAUGGGGUUGGGUGGACAAGGUUAGAUUUGUCGGGGUUGCAGUAACCCUAGCCCUUUUCUUUGAGAACAUAUUCUUUUGUACAAUUAGAAUCCGCGAUUUGUUUAAUGGUAGCAUUGAGCAACUG